AUGCUGAGCUUGCAAUUACGAAGAACCGUUCCAGCUUACCAGAAGCUGCUCAUAUUCUCUACAGUUCCAACCUUCCUUUUCACAGGCACGAGAGUCACGAAUUUGUCUGCUCAUCCAUGCCAAAAUGGCGGCCCAUGGCAUACACCAGUCAAUCCAACCUGGAGACAGGGUCGCUUCUACGCAAUCACUCGGAGGGAACCAAGGCAAGUAAAGCAUAUAGUAGACGUUUUGACAGUCUAUAGCUCAGGUCGGCAGCUUCAAACCAAAAUCAAAAAGCUGGAAGGUGACGCCAAAGUUCAUUUGGAUGUGACUGCUAGGGUAGACAUGAAGCUCAUCCCCGCCUAUGCGACCUUGCUCGACUUAACGAUGAAGAUGGUCACGGAUGCGAAGCCCCCUGAGCUAUGGAACCAAAGUCAAAAUGGGGAAACCUUUCGCCAACAAUUCCCAGAAUCUCUCCGUCUUACAGUGAAGUGGAUACAGAACAAUUCCAAGGCACUCAAACCUCCUCCACAUAGCGUGGUAGAUCUGGCACAGUCAGCCGUCAGACCCUUCGAGGAUGCCCGGGACUUGUGUCUUACAACGCAAAACCGUCUGGGUAGAAUUCAUGAGCAGAUCAUGGACAUGCAACAUAACAUCAGCGUUUUUAACAUAGAGCUGGAACGAGCAGAUAAAAUACAUCCCAGAGACAAAAAGAUGCUUGCGCAAAGACGUGAUAACGCAGUAAGCCGCCAGUUUGUCACACAGAACGAAGCAUAUACAGACGCUCUGAAUGAUGCUAAGUACGCUCAAAACGCGAUAAACCUACUUAAUCAGUAUGUUCAGCCAUACUUCGACAGCGGGGAGCUCAAGAGUCUUGGAGAUGAGGUUGGUCUGCUAUUAGAUCGCACAAUCACCCAGAAAGACGUUUUGGAGCGAAUCUUAACAGAUCAUGUGCGGGGAACGGCGAUCAUGGCCAACACCUGGUUCCGACCGGUAUUCCACCAUCGAUUUGCCGAAAAAAUCUUGGAUAUACUGGCUCUGGCUCCCCCAUCCGAGAUGAUGCUUCCAUACAUGCGAAGCAUCCUCGCCCUUCUCUCAUGGCCUGGUACUUCUGUCCUGACACCAGACUCGGACAGCCUCGCGAGAUGGAGAAGAAGGCCACAGUCCAAUUUGAGAACACGCUUGGAGGAAAUUGUAAAUAUGGCAGAUGUUUAUCAAAAGCGAUUCCCUUACCGGGAAUCUGAGUCUGCCCUUAGGCGGUAUAUGAACUGA